AUGACAGUCUAUCAUCUUCAAAUCACACUUCUAGAUCGUAGUUCACCAAACUCAUCUAGACGUAUCCUUCGUGGUUCAACUUCCAUCAGAUCAGCUGGUCGUACUCCUCAUCCAACAGUCACUGGUUUACCUGGCAAACUUGAUUUUCAUAUAUCAGAUUCACCUACUUAUUUACCAUCUCAAUCUGGAUUUUGGGAAGAUUUAAGUCAAGUACCUACCACAAGAAUUGGAGAACGUUGGGAUCGAUUACCUGAAUUAAAACCCAUCAAUCCUAAAGCUUAUUGGUACGAACCUGAUUCAAUCUUACCUAAUUCUCAAUCAACUACAACCACUACAACCACAACAACUUUUACUCCAGCUCCUACUUUGGAUUAUAGAUUUGGUCCGAUUUCGGUUGAUUGGAUUGAUCAUCCUGAUUGUCAUCCUGCAUUUUCAAAUUCUUGUGAAGAAUCAUUAAAUUACAAACCAACAUCAGAAUCUAAUUCAAAUCUUCAACCUAGUCAACCAGAAAUCAAAAAAGGAAUGAAAGACUAUAAAAAAGAAGAAAUAUAUCAAACUGAAAAAUCUCCAAACCCUCAAACCAAUUUACCAACCGGACGGUUUGAAUCACAAGAUUUCAAUCAAAAAGGAAAAUAUCAAUUAGGUUCUACUGAUUUUGGUUAUGGUACUGUACAUCUUUAUCGUGAUUUUGAAGAAGCUUCUGCUUCGAGUCCUUCAAGCAAUCAAUUAAAUUGGAUAGAUGGUGAUCCAUCCUGGACUAAGAAACAUCCUAAACGUGUAAAUCAGAACUUGGCUUCUACUUCGACUUCUAAUCAGGAUGAUACCCAACGUGAAGAGGAUACCGAGGGGACGGUUAUUGGGGUCUUGGCUAUCCCAUCUUAUAUGACUGCUCAAGAAUCAAUCCAGAGUGUAAGGAUGUUACGAGAUGCACUCCCCAACCGAUGUAUGGGCUUGAUCAAAUUUCGAUCUAGGCAAUAUGCUGAUCGAUUUGCUCACGAGUUCAAUGGUAGACCCUUUUCACACCUUCAGGAUCGAGAGAUUUGUCAUACGGCUAGAAUUAGAUCCAUUCAAUUCAAAUCUUCACUUAUACCUCCAUUUACAUUCCCAGCUUUGCUUCCACCUGACUUUAUGACACAUUCAGCCCACGAGUUACCCACUUGUCCAGUUUGCUUAGAACGUAUGGAUGCAUCUGUUACCGGUUUACUAACCAGCACAUGUUCACAUACAUUCCAUUGUCAUUGUCUAUCAAAUUGGGGAGAUUCACGUUGUCCAAUCUGUCGUUAUUCACAAACAAGACUUUAUGGACCCUCGAAAGAAGGAGAAGGAAAUUCAAAUCCAAGUGAAUGUGCAGCAUGUGGAAGUGAAGCGAAUCUUUGGAUCUGUUUAAUUUGUGGUCAUGUGGGUUGUGGACGAUAUCAAGGUGGUCAUGCUUAUAGACAUUUUGAAGAAAGUGCUCAUCUCUAUGCACUUGAACUGGGUUCACAACGUGUUUGGGAUUAUGUGGGUGAUAAUUAUGUACAUCGAUUGAUACAGACUAAGAGUGACCAAAUUGUUGAGUUACCUGCACUUUCAUCUGCUGUCUUUGAUUCAAGAAGUGGUAGUGGUGGACCAGGACCAAAUGAAGCAGCACAACAAUCCAAAAUCGAAGCGAUCUCAGAAGAAUUUGGACAUCUAGUGGCUUCUCAAUUAGAUUCACAACGAAAUUUUUAUGAAAAAGAGAUUGAAAUUCUUAAAGAAAGAUUAAAUGAAACUGGAAAUCUGAACAUUCGAUUUAAACCUAAAUUAGAAUCGAUGAAAGAAAGUAAAGAAACAGAUCAAAGAUUAGAAAUUGAAAUUCAAGAAUUGAAAGAAAGAAAUGAAAGUUUAAGAUUAGAAAGAGAUGAAGUAUAUAAAGAAUAUCAAAAUGAUAAACUCAAAUUAGAAAAGAAAUGUGAAAAGUUUAUGGAAUUGAGUAAAAAGUUUGAAUUGGAAUUAAAAGAAGAAAAAGCAAUGAGUCUUGGGUUUCGAAUCAAAUUAAACAAAUUAGAAUCUGAUUGUGAACUUAGUGAAAAGAACAGAAAAGGUUUAGAAGAAGAAGUGGGUGAACUUAGGGAUCAAUUAAGAGAUGUGAUGUUCUUUUUGGAUGCACAAACUAAAAUUGAAAAGGAAGGAGGAGAAGAAAUGAGAGGAGGUACCUUGGUUGUGAAUUCUAAUGAAACCAAUGUCAAUUCAGGAAAAUCAAAUCGAAAGAAAAAGAAAUAA